AGAACAUCAUGGCGAUAGAUGGUGGAGAGCGGAAUUGUGGAGUACAUGAGCUUAUCUGCAUCAGAAAAGUGUCUCCUGAGGCUCUGGGGUUCCUGUCUGGCAUUGGUGUGUUCAUCUUUCUUGUGAUUGUACUCUUUCUUUACCUCAAUAACAAAUUAUCCCUUGAGAGUGCCAACCAGCUGUCCAGCCUUGACCAGUACAGAAAAAGCACAGAGCCAGCAGAUAAGAGUUAUGUGAAUGCAGACUAUCACUGCUCGUCGUCAGACAGUGAUGAUGAGGUGAUUGGACAGUAUCAGGAAGCCGUGUCUCGAUCGCAGGGUCUCAGGGGUGGGUCAGCGGGGACUCACUCACGCCACCAGAAGGGCUAUGGCUGGGACACACGGCAGAAAUACUGCCCCCUAGCGGCUGAAUAUGAUGGCUACAGCAGUGAGGCCUCAGCAGAUGAUGUAAACUGUAUCCAGCGGAUGAGACGGACUCCACCAUUGGAUGAGCUGCAGCCUCCACCCUAUCAGGAUGAGAAUGGGUCGCCACGCAUGUCAUGCACACCCUCUGACCUGGACGAUGCCAAAUGUGACCUUUCCCAGGGGAGCGAUAGCCCCAGACACAGCUAUGGAAAAUGUCCAAGUGAGGUCAGCGGCGCACAGGAAACGGAGAGUUUCCUUAACAAGGGCUAUGAAGAAGAUGUGCCCAGUGACAGCACUGCUGUACUCAGCCCAGAGAAUCUGUCUGCACGUGGAUCGGCGGCUCAGCUUCCCAAAGGUUACGAACCUGAGCCUCUCUCUCAAUAUGGAACUCUCGACGUCAUCUUUGACUACGAUUCGUCUGACCAGCGUCUGUCUGUCACGAUAACAGCGCUGACAGACAUUCCUUCUCUCAAACGCACGGGUAACAUCUCCUGGCAGGUGCAUCUGGUGCUGCUGCCCACCAAAAAACAGAGGGCCAAAACCAUCAUCCAGCGUGGCCCCUGCCCCGUCUUCACAGAGACACUUUACUUCAGCCAUAUCGAGUCGGAGAUGAUCGGGAAUUAUGCCGUCCGGUUCCGCUUGUACAGCAUCCGCAGGAUGAAGAAGGUGAAGGCUCUUGGAGAGAAGGUGUUCUACCUCACCAAACUCAACCUACAGGGCAAGAUGUCAGUCCCCAUAAUACUGGACCCCUACUGCAACAUACCUGGCAGUGACUCUCAGGCAAGCAUGUCAGAUGUAUCGUGCAGCGAGACGGCCUCGUCGUUCCCAUCUGCUGGUCAGGGGUCAGCUCCUGAGAUCCUGCUGGGGCUUGUGUACAACGCCACUACAGGACGUCUCUCUGUGGAGGUCAUCAAAGGAAGCCACUUUAAAAACCUGGCAGCAAAUAAACCUCCCAACGGUUUGUUCUGUUGUCUAAAGCACUUGAUAGGUGGGCAGGUGUACAUAAUCCGAGACACAUACGUAAAGCUGACUCUGCUGAACUCAAUGGGUCAAGAGAUGUCCAAGUGCAAGACGUCCAUCUGUCGAGGCCAACCCAACCCCACCUACAAGGAGACCUUUGUGUUCCAAGUAGCUCUGUUCCAGCUCUCCGAUGUCACACUCAUCCUGUCGGUCUACAACAAGCGCAGCAUGAAACGGAAGGAGAUGAUUGGCUGGAUCUCUCUGGGGCUGAACAGCUCUGGGGAGGAGGAGCUGACACACUGGACACAGAUGAAGGAAUCGAAGGGACAACAGGUGUGUCGAUGGCACAGUCUUUUGGAGUCCUAGAAUGUCAGCAAGUGAUGGCAAUGAUGUGUGUUAUGGCAUAGGUGACAGAGAGCAGGUCAUGCCCUCGAACGGCCCCAAGACAACAGAGCUGGCCCUCACUGCAGUGCAUUAUGAGAAACACGAGUAGUUCUGGGGAUGUAAUCUACUCUCCUUCCCAAUGCACUGUGGGAAACGGGUUAGAGAAAAUGGUGAGAACAGGGUUAGAGAUGCCACACCGUUAAUGGAGGAAACACUACUGAGAUUUAUUUAGAUAUUUAUUUGUAUAUUUUGACAUGAUGUUUCUCUUUUGUUCAUUUUAAGAUUAUGGGGUUAUGGUGUUUAAGGCACAGUACGAGAGAAAGAAAGUGUGAGAUCCAGACAUGAACGAGUUCAUAUAUCUUAGCUCAGAUUAUAACUUGUGUCCUAAGAUUACAUUACUCAGACCUACCAAAGUUGUUCAGGGGUACAAUUACUGUCAGGUUGACUAGAUGCCAUUCUGAGGUAUUUGAAUGAAAACUAUGUCUAUGGCUGGGUUUCUCAACAUGUGAUUGGAUUUUCUAGAUUGUGUUCUUAUACAGGAUUUAGUUCAUUCCAAUGUAUUAUAAGAGUGCCAAUCCAUACUUCACCACAUACAGCCUGUUAUGUGUCAGUGCCCGGUUACAUGAAACUCCUUAAGUGAGGGUUUCCCUGAGGGAGAAAAAAUCCCUGAGGUAAGGGAUUUCAUUAAGAGCGUUGCAAGAAACCUCUUAACUGUCAACCUUACCUAAGUGUUUAUACUAAGCGUUUCACAGUAGUUUCUGACAUCAAACGGCAAAGAUCUCCGCGGUUGCUAUAGUUACUACCUCUAACAGUAAACAGAACAUAACGAACCACAAAGUCAAACCCUUUCUUAAAUCACACUUGUAUUAAUAUAUUUUUCAUAUGGAGAGUACAAACAUAACAGAAAAAAAAAAAAAAA